AUGCGAUUCUUCGCCCUGGUUCUCGGUGGCAUGCCGCAGACGCAGGCUCUGAAUAACGACAGACAAGACAUCUACCUGACUAUCGCGCGAGCUUUCGUACUCUGCUUCGGCCACGACGAUCCCUUGAGCAGCGACGAGCCGGCCAACUUAUACGACAUCGACUUCUACAACAUCGAGUACGAAGAUAUCCCGGCGGCCGCGGAUAUGCCGCCCCUACCCGAGGAGGAAGCAGACAGGAGGGAUGCGGUCAUUGCGGGCUUAGUCCAAAGGGUGCGCGGAUGGUACAAAGGAAAGCGCAAGCAAAUGAAGGGUGGUCAAGCGGCCGCGGCUUUGGAGCAGCGCCAUGUCGAGCGCGUGGUCGCCGCACAUGCACCGGCGCCGCUGCGCCCCAAGGAGCUCGACAUGUACCAGAAGCACUACAAACCGAAUUUCAUGCCGGCAUUCGAUGCCAUUUGGGACGAAGAGGAAAAAUCCGUGCAGGGUAACGAGGCCGCGUUGGCGUCCUUGAAGAAAAAGCGCGGCGCCAGACUGAGAGUGUUUGCGUCUGGGAAGUGGGCGCGCGAGACGGCAGAGGUUAAAAAGGCUGUUGCCGAGCGGUGCGACGCGUCGCACGCUGAGCUAGUAGGCCGCUAUAACGCGCUGUGGGGCUCACCGGAAGGUGCGCGCGACUCGCGCGCAUGGAUCAUGCCCGAGGCAGGGGCAUUCUUUCAAGCCCUCAUGAACUGGUCCGCUCAGCGAUUCGGUGUGGCGCUGCAGCUGGCGAUUGCAGGCCAAACUGAUAGCGGGACGCCCGAGGUUCGAACACUUUUCGCUGAGGGUGAUCUCAAGGACGGAGCGCCCGACCUGCAAACGUUCAUGGGCGAUGCGUUGAGCGCAGGCAAGAUCAAAAUGGGACAGUACGCCAGGGAUAUGCUCACCGGACGUGUCCCGGAGGGCGCGAAGGCACCUCAGCAAGCCGCGCGGGAAGCGAAAGUGGAAGAGGACUUGCCGCUUGACGAUGCUGGCAAUGUAUUCGACGACGACUUGGGUAACGGCGAGCUGAACCUGGCAAGAAAAGAAGACGUGGAGGAAAUGGAGUUGGCUAUGGGCAUGGGUUCGAACACUGUGAACCGAGCCCCGGGUAACGCUUCAGGCCGCGCGGCUGCGUCGACUAACGACGUCAACAUGGACGACGCAUACUCGUCGGGUGAGCUACCACCCCAGACGCUGGCCGAUAAAGACCUAGCAUCUGCGUCACACAAAGAGCGAACGUUCGAAUCUCGGCCGAACGCUUCUCGGCCGAACGCUCCUCGCGGCCCGUCCAAUUCGCAACCUCGGCGUUUGGCGCCUCUCAAUAGCGCCCCGGCAUCUGGUUCGAACAACCCGCAAGCCGCGCGCCUGGCGCCUCUCAAUAGCACACCGGCAUCUGGUUCGAACAACCCGCAGUCCGCCGCGCCGGUCGUUUCCCAUACUAUUCCUCCGCGAGACCCCGUUACAGCCCAGUCGCGGGGCUCCACGUCUCUUGCCAAGCUCAAAGACGCUUUUGCGAACGACGACGAGGAGGAUAGCGACGACGACGUGGAGAUGACGAUUUGGCCGGAGGGUAUCACGCGGCUUUCCCGGACAGGCACGCCAGAGACGUCGACGUCUGUAUACGAUGCGCGUCGGGAGGCUUUGAGUGACCAUGGGUCCCAGUUCGGGUUUGACGAUUACGGGAUGGGAAACGGGAGCGGUGCCGAGGGAAGUGGUUAUGGAGACGCAAGCACACAUGAAGACGAUGGAGAUGAGGAUGGGAUGGUAGUGGGCGGCGAGGGAAUGCGUAGGAGCGAGUUGUUGGAUGGAGAGAAUGAAAGUCGCGAAAUCGACGCGCUCGUGGCCACCAAUUGGACGGACCGGCGCCACUCUCAAACCAAGUUGAAGCAUCCCCGACAGUAUCCGCUCGGAGGCGUUUCGCGCUCGCAUGUCGGUGGAAGUCGUAAGAAAGAGGCGAUCGCGAAGGGCAAGAAGGACGACUCGAGAGCGUCGGAAGACGGGACGGGCAAGACUACAAGACCAAAGCCUCGGCCAGUAAAGCGCGGUGAACGCAAUGGCCUGACACCGACCGUGGCCCCCCAGGCCGAGCGCUUGACGCAGCUUAUACGCGAAAAGCUGCAGGUCAAGGAGGGCCCACUCACGAACGACUCCGCGCGUGGGUCGGCGCCUCGCACCCAGCGAACAUUCGAGGAGGAGAGCGAGGAUGAGGAUGCGGGACCGCUUCCUCCUGCCAAUCGGCGGGGGAGAAGACUGCGCGCUGAGAGCCCGCCUGGGGAUGGCACUUAUCAGUUCACGGAGGACGGCCCCGAGGACGGCCCCGGGUUCGGCUCAGGCGCGCUUGGCAAUGGUAGAGUUGGCGGUGGGACUGACGACCCGGAGGAUAUUCCGAACGUCGACGUGGAAAGUGGUCGAGUGAAUGGUUGGAUCAGAGAUCACUCACAGGCUUUCGACAAGGACAACGACAAGGGCGCGUGGAAAUCGUACUUAAGCCAGUCGUCCGGUCUUUCGAAGAGGGACCGGUUAGUUAAUGCUAUCCGUGACCUGGACCCCGCUCGGCGCCCCUUCUACGCGGAUCUUGUCGACAAGAUGGAGGAUCUUCUUCGGGAGGAUGACGCCUGGGAUGCCGGGGCUGGUGGGCAUCUGGAGAAGAAAGACCGCCCAACCCAAGUCUCUUACAUGGUCAACCGUCGGGGCGGGCUGCUACCUGACGUCGUGCCGGAAGGGUGGGGGAAGAAUAUGGAGAAGUGGUGGUUGGCGCUACAACCGCGCGAGCGAGGGGUGACGAACGGAGUUCGCGGUCUUGCCGCACCCCACGGCAGCUCGGACUGGGGUUCGCUCCUCAUUGCGCGCGGCUACAAGGGCGCGUUUCUGCUCGUCUGGUGCAUGAUGCACUGGGCCAUCAGUGCCAAAGAUAUGGAGCUCUGGCAGGCCGUCGUGGAGGAUAUGACUGCCGUCUUCGUGGUGCUGAAAAAUUGUCGCGUGGGAGGAGGGAUAUCGAACACAGGAGGUCAGGUGGAUAAUGGCGGGAAAAAGCAAGCGGCGAAGAGAGCGGCGAGCGGUGGAAGUGAUAGGGCGGAGGGCAGUAAACGUCCGAAGGUGGCGGCGAAGGAUGUGAAAGGAAAGGGGCGUAGCGAUGGCAGAAGCACUAUCAUCGGCAGUAUCAAAGGUCGGGAGAGAGAGAGUAAGAAGCCCUCUCAGUACGGGUGGUGA